AGUGUGCGGGAGGCCGCGGCGGGUCCCCAGGAGGGCGGCGCGGGGCGCAGCCGGAGCUCGGCUCGGGCGGGGGGCGCGGCGGAGCGGGCUCGCGGGCCGCUGUCGUCAUCAGCCCGCGACCAGACGGGCGGCGCCAUCUUCGAACUGGGACUUCCGGAAGGACUUGGGUGCGGGGGCAGCCAUUUUAGGGGGUGCUGAUGGAUGCCUGCGGGGUCGGCUAUGUUGCCCUGGGGGAGGCCGGCCCCGUGGGGACCGUGACUGUGGUAGACUCUCCGGGACCAGAGGCGCUCAGCCCGCUGGAUGUCGAGGCCCCUUCAGAAACCACCAAUGCGGAGGCGUCCAUAGCGAUGUCUUUCGCGCCCCCUGGGCCCGGAUUUGAGGAUUCUCUCGAGGAGAGGAGGCUCCCCACAGAGCUGGAAGGCCUGUCCAGGCUGGACGAGCCAGAUCUUCCUUCAGAGAUGGCGAAGGUCUCCAAGCCUCGGGCCACAAAGCCUGGCCGGAAGCGAGGCGGCAGGACUCGGAGAGGCCCCAAGAGGUCCCAGCAGCCUGUCCCUCCCCCGGCCCCUCUGGUUCCUGGCCUCUUAGACCAGUCCAGCCCUCUGCCCGCCCCCAUGCCCAAGAAACGCGCCAGAAAGGCCAAGGGGGACAUGCUCCUGCUGAAGCUGUCGAAAGACCUAGAGCAGCCGGAGUCUCCACUUCCUAAGCGGCCCCCCGAGGACUUUGAGACCCCCCCUGGGGAACGACCCCGCCGAAGGGCUGCCCAAGUGGCGCUUCUGUAUCUUCAGGAACUGGCUGAAGAGCUCUCGACCACCCUGCCCGCCCCCGUGGCCUGUCCCGAGAAUGCCAAGGCGAGCAGCCCCACCAAGCGGAGCAGAGGCCGGCCGCAGGCAGCCUGUGCCGGGGGAGACGAGGCCACCGCCACGCAGGAUGAGGACUUCGUCCUCCAGGUGGAGGCUGAAGACGAAGAGGAGAGCGAGGUGCCCAGUGAAAACUCCUCCGACCCCGAGCCCACGGUGUCCCGAAGCACCCACCGAGGAUCCUCCUCCGGGAAGCAGAAGCCGCACUGCCGGGGCGUGGCCCCCAACGGCUUGCCGAACCACAUCAUGGCUCCGGUUUGGAAAUGUCUCCAUCUCACCAAAGACCUCCGAGAGCAGAAGCAUUCCUACUGGGAGUUUGCAGAAUGGAUCCCUUUAGCCUGGAAGUGGCACUUACUGUCUGAACUCGAGGCGGCUCCCUACCUCCCCCAGGAGGAGAAGUCGCCGCUGUUCUCUGUCCAGCGCGAAGGGCUUCCCGAGGACGGCACCCUCUACCGGAUAAACAGAUUCAGCUCCAUCACGGCACACCCCGAGCGCUGGGAUCUGUCCUUCUUCACGGGGGGCCCGCUCUGGGCGCUGGACUGGUGCCCGGUGCCGGAGGGGGCCGUCGCCUCGCAGUAUGUGGCCCUUUUCUCCAGCCCCGACAUGAAUGAGACGCACCCUCUGAGCCAGCUGCAUUCCGGCCCUGGGCUGCUUCAGUUCUGGGGCCUGGGGACCCUGCAGCAAGAGAGCUGCGCUGGCAACAGGGCCCACUUCGUCUAUGGGAUUGCUUGUGACCACGGCUGCAUCUGGGACCUCAAGUUCUGCCCCAGUGGGGCCUGGGAGCUCCCGAGCACCCCUCGGAAGGCUCCGCUUCUGCCCCGUCUGGGUCUCCUGGCUCUUGCCUGCUCCGACGGGAAGGUGCUGCUCUUCAGUCUCCCGCACCCCGAGGCCCUGCUGGCUCUGCAGCCUCCAGAUGCCAUGAAGCCCGCCAUCUAUAAGGUACAGUGUGUGGCCACCCUCCAGGUGGGUUCCAUGCAAGCCACAGACCCCUCUGAGUGUGGGCAGUGCCUUAGCCUGGCCUGGAUGCCCACCCGGCCCCAUCACCACCUCGCGGCUGGAUACUACAACGGCAUGGUGGUUUUCUGGAACCUUCCCACUAACUCGCCCCUGCAGCGGAUCCGGCUGUCCGACGGCUCCUUGAAGCUCUACCCCUUCCAGUGCAUCCUCGCGCACGACCAGGCCGUGCGCACCCUUCAGUGGUGCAAAGCAAACAGCCAUUUCCUAGUCUCUGCGGGGAGUGACCGGAAAAUCAAAUUCUGGGACCUUCGACGACCUUAUGAGCCCAUAAACUCUAUCAAGCGAUUCUUGAGUACAGAGCUGGCCUGGCUGCUCCCCUACAAUGGUGUCACCGUGGCUCAGGACAACUGCUAUGCCUCUUUCGGACUCUGUGGGAUUCACUACAUUGAUGCUGGUUAUCUUGGCUUCAAGGCCUACUUCACUGCCCCUCGAAAAGGCACCGUCUGGAGUCUUUCCGGAUCUGACUGGCUGGGGACAGUUGCCGCAGGAGAUAUUUCCGGGGAGCUCAUUGCAGCCAUAUUGCCUGAUAUGGCCCUGAACCCAAUAAAUGUCAAGCGACCUGCAGAACGAAGAUUUCCUGUUUAUAAAGCGGACCUGAUGCCUUACCAGGACAGGCAUGAGGAUGAAGACCACUCGGCCUCCACCGGGGCCCCCAACCCUCCUCCCAAGGCGAGAACCUACGCUGAAACCGUGAACCACCACUACUUGCUCUUUCAGGAUACAGACUUGGGCUCCUUCCACGACCUGCUCCGUCGGGAGCCCAUACUGCGCAUGCAGGAGGGAGAGGGGCACGCCCAGCUCUGCCUGGACAGGCUGCAGCUGGAGGCUGUUCACAAGGUACGUUUCAGCCCCAACCUGGACUCCUACGGCUGGCUGGUGUCAGGGGGCCAGUCAGGGCUGGUUCGGAUCCAUUUUGUCCGUGGACUCACCUCCCCGCUGGGUCACCGGAUGCAGCUUGAGAGCCGGGCUCACUUCAGCGCUAUGUUCCAGCCGUCCUCCCCGGCGACAGCGCCUGACUUCCCCCCCGCCAGCCAUCGCCUUCUGCCUAGUCCUUAGUCAGGCCCACACGGGACCCUCGGGAUGAGUCGGCCGAGAAACAGCCAUAGGAAGGGCCUGCCUGGACAGUGCUGCCAGCCCGGACCUUAGCCCUGCCUCCCCGGGACUCCUUAGCCCCCUCUCGCCCACAGACUGAUCGCCACAGCCUCCUGCAGGCAGAGGGCUCUCCCUCCAUCUCCCAGGCUCCUGCGAAAUCCUCAGGCCUGCCGCAGGCCUGGGAGCGGAAUUGCUCAUAUUGAGCACCUUGUGAAGUAGCACAGCGAAGUAAAGGUACUGGGUGUUUCCAGCCACACGACUGGGUGUUUGGAGAACUGGAAAUGGUGUCUGCGUGAAGGCGCCUCUCUGACCCCAGGAUCCACGAUUCCGGCCUCCCCAGACUUCCUUUUUCUAGUUGCCCACACACAGGCCCGUGGCGAGGGGUUUGUCAUCCAUUGGACAGAAGCAGCGUCCUCAGCCAAGGGACACCACAGACACCCUAGCCGUCCAUCAGUGGCCCAGACCUUACUUGCUCCUGCUUCCGAACUGUGCGGUCACUGGCCAGCUGACCCUACUUGAAUAGUUCUAGACAGUCAUGUUUCAAAACUUCCUUUGUAUCAAGUCAGAGUAUACCUCUAUAAAUUUUACCAUGGGUGUUGUUAGCAAACCUAGUCAUUCUUGUGAUUGCCCUUUUAAGUAUUUAACAAUAGCUAUCAUGUGUUUCCCAAGUUUUCUGUAGAUUAAACAUCUUCAGUUACUUAACUAUUCUCUCACC